UCGUAUUCAAUACAUAAUGUCUAUAUGCAUCGGUAGUGAAACAGUGAAUUAUUCGUUUGAUGCAAACACGUGAAUAUAAUGGAUUAUCCAGAACAUGGGGAGGUUUUAAAAGAUACAAGCAGAUGUGCUCAUCUUCGAGCUCAAUUAAAAUUAUGUCUACUUGAAACGGAUUGUUGUAAAAAAGAGAAAAUCACACCAAGAGAAUGCCUUCGAAGUAGACAUCCAAGUGUGCCAGAUGAAUGUUAUACCUAUAUGCAAACAUUAUUUGAUUGCAAGCAUUCUAUGUUGGACGGAAGAAGAAGAUUUCGAGGAAUAAAGGGUUAA